UUUAAUGGAAGAGCUGGAAAGCUCGCUUUGCUUUUUUGACCUUCUUCAAGCUUCAACCACCGCCCAAUCCUUGUCAAUCCCAGCACCAACAACCACCCCUCCCCUCCUCCCCCCUCUACUUUGGAUAGAGGCGUGCACGUGGUUGUGCUUGGUGUCACUUUACAGGCCGGCCGUGGACAGCGGACAGUGUUGCUGAAAGGCAGGACGGGCCGUGUUUGCCUUUUGGAUCGGAUCGCGUUUUGUCUCCAAGCUUGAAGUCCAAGAGGGGAGCUGCCGGGCGUGCUCUCUCUCUGGUGGAGCUUGACGGACGAAGCUGCCAAAAGUCAUGCCGGCCGGCUUUCAGCAAUUGGGAGGAGAGACGGUGACUGGAACCCUCGCCCUAUCAGUGUUCACUGCUGUACUGGGAUCUUUAGAGUUUGGAUACAACAUUGGCGUCAUCAAUGCACCUCAGCAGAUCAUCGAGAGGGACUACAAUGCCACAUGGGUGCAUCGCUACGGGCAAGCCAUCCCACCGGGGACCCUCACGUCCCUGUGGUCUUUGUCGGUGGCCAUCUUUUCCAUCGGAGGGAUGCUCUCCUCCUUCUGCGUUGGCUUUGUUUCUGAGUGGCUAGGCAGGAGAAAAGCCAUGCUCGUCAACAACGUGCUGGCCUUCCUGGGUGGGAGCCUGAUGAGCCUAUCCAAGCUGUGUCGCUCCUUCGAAAUGAUGAUUAUCGGACGCUUCGUGAUCGGCGCCUACAGCGGGCUGGCGUCCGGGUUGACCCCCAUGUACGUGGGCGAGAUUGCGCCCACCGGUCUGCGCGGGGCACUGGGCACUCUGCACCAGUUGGGCAUUGUGACGGGGAUUCUCCUGGCGCAGAUUCUGGGCUUGGAGCAACUGCUGGGAAGUGAGGAGCUGUGGCCCGUCUUGAUGGGGCUGACAGUGCUGCCAACUGUCCUCCAGAUGGCGCUGCUUCCUUUCUGUCCCGAAAGCCCACGCUUCCUCUACAUCGUCCGAUGUCAGGAGCACCACGCCAAGAGAGGCCUGAGGAGGUUGACGGGCCGCCAGGAGGUUGGCGACCUGUUGGCGGAGAUGAAGGAGGAGAAGAGGAGGAUGGACAUGGAGCGGAAGGUGUCUAUCCCGGAGUUGUUCCGCUCGCAGCUGCAUCGCCAGCCGAUGGUCAUUUCCAUCCUGCUCCAGCUCUCCCAGCAGCUCUCCGGGAUCAACGCGAUUUUCUACUACUCCACCAGCAUCUUCACCAAGGCCGGAGUCCAAAGUCCAGUUUACGCCACCAUUGGAGCCGGAGUUGUGAACUGCGCUUUCACCGUGGUCUCGCUCUUCCUAGUUGAGCGGACGGGCCGGAGGACGCUCCACAUGCUGGGAUUGGGCGGCAUGUGCGUCUGCGCUGUGAUCAUGACCGUAGCUCUCGCCUUAUUGGAAACUGUCCCGGCCAUGAGCUACGUCAGCAUGUUAUCCAUCUUCGGCUUCGUGGCCUUCUUCGAGGUGGGUCCGGGUCCGAUCCCUUGGUUCUUUGUCGCCGAGCUGUUCUCGCAGGGUCCCAGGCCGGCCGCCAUGGCUGUGGCGGGAUGCUCAAACUGGACUGCUAAUUUCAUUAUUGGCAUGAGCUUCCAGUAUGUUGCUGAGCUGUGCGGUCCAUAUGUGUUCCUGAUCUUUGCCGCGCUGCUGCUCUUUUUCCUCAUCUAUACCUUCUUCCGCGUGCCCGAGACGCGGGGCAAAACCUUCGACCAGAUUUCCGCCAACUUUCACCACGCCUCGGCCGACGCUAUGAUGGACAUGGACAUGGAGCUCAACAAGACCGGCACGGAACUGGACUACUUGGGGGACGAGAGCAUUAAUUGAGAACUGGACAUUUUUCCUUUCUUUGCCGGGGUGUUCUGUUUAUAAUCUGUGUGUAGUGUUUUGAAAAAAGUAUUUUAACAAUUUCCAGGAAAUACGCAUUACACAUACUAAUGCCACUCAGUGGAAUUUUUGCACUUUAAUGAUGCUUCAGAAUUUUUCAAAAAUACGUUUUGAGACAUCUCAAAAGUUUCAUCCAAAUUUAACUCUUAAUUAUACAAAGUUUGAAAAAGCUUGAAAACUGUCAUAUUACAAAAAAUAAAUAAAAAGGAGCAUUUUUGUGGUAGCGUGCGGGCAAACUCCCGACAGUCAUACAAAUCAAUUAGUCUUAGCCAUUUGACCCAAUGGCCACUACCAGGUAUGAAAUUUAGCCAAAUGCACAUCCUUGUUAAAAACAUCGGCUGAAGUUUGGAUUCUUUUCAUACUAAGAAAUGUAAUAUUCCAGCAAUACCUCUUGUGUCGAUAUAAAUGAAUUUAUUUGAAAGUGUGA